GUAUAGCGAUUUGAACUUGAACUCGAGAAGGUCUUUCAUUUCUUAAGAACUUCAACUUCUCUUUCACGGACUUUGUCAUCAGGGAGAAAGAGGGUUUUUUCAUUUUCAAAUUGACAUAUCACAGAGCAGACUUGCAAAAAACAUAAAACCUACCUCAGCAUUUCGAGCAAAUGAAGCGACAUUAAAAAAAUUAUCACAUCGCCUUCUUAUGCCAUUAUAGCACAGGCAAUAAAAUCAGGAAGUAGGUGAACAAAGGUACCUCUUUACAUUAUGCACAUAAUAUUCGUCCAACCACCGAACGAAAAACACAACAAUUCGACUCAAAAAAUAACCGCUGCCGGCGUAACUAAAGCAUUCUAUAAAAUUCUUCCUAUUGUAGAAUAAUUAAUGACGAUUAUCUUACCACCUUAUGUCGAUCUUAUUGUUGUCAAGUUCAACACACGAAUUACACAGACUGUGUUCCUCUUUUCAACCACAGCCGAUUCACGAAGGUCUGUAGAAAUUCUAUUCAUAUACCUACGCCGGCACCGUAAUGAUAAUACUAAUUUCAAGGCCUAUUAUUACACGGUGAUUAGGUUUUUUGUUGUAUUAAAUGAAAAUCUGAGACAUAUAUCGCCUUAUUACUUAGGUAGGUACUCUAAAUCACAGUGGCCGAUAGUCUUUGUAAUGCCACUGCCAGUUUUAGUUAAUCAUUCUAUCGACAACUUCCUUCGCGGUUACUGGUUCAUUAUCGAUUCGGCGUGUUGUUGAUAUUACAAGUAGUGCCGUAUCUAUUUUACUAGCUAUGCAGAUAUGGAUCUCGAAAAAGGAGAAAUAUUACCGCACAGCACCAUGGACAAUGGAAACAAACAUUUCGUUUAUCAGGAUUAUUUAGUGUUUGGAGGAAUGCUUUUGGUGUCCACUUUGAUAGGGAUUUUCUUCGCUAUCAAAGACAGAUUUGUAACCGGUGCCGGAGAAUUCUUCACCGCUAAUGGAAAACUUGGAGUUGUACCUGUUGCACUUUCUAUGUUGGCCAGUUUCCUUUCAUCUAUUACAUUGAUAGGCCAACCAGCUGAAGCAUUUUUAUUCGGAUCUCAAUUAUGGUAUUUUGGAAUUUCGAGCUUUCUAGUCAUACCAAUAGUGGGAUAUAUUUUUGCCCCAUUUUUCCAAACCAAAAAAUAUAUAUCAGCAUAUGAGUAUUUUGGAGAACGAUUCAAUAAAAAUUUACAAAUAUUGGCAUCAACUCUCUUUACAAUUCAAAUGAUAUUAUACUUAGCAUUAGUACUUUAUGCUCCAGCUUUGGCAUUUCAUCAAGUCACUGGAGUCAGUACCAUGCUGAUUGUUUCGGUGAUGUACGCUGUUUGCAUAUUUUAUACGACAGUUGGUGGAAUGAAAGCUGUAGUUUGGACAGAUACAUUUCAAGUUGUGGUUCUAUACGUAGCAUUAUUCGCGGUCCUGAUAAAAGGCACCGUUGAUAUUGGAGGUUUUUCUGUGGUUUGGAACACCAAUGCUAUGUACAACAGAACAGAUUUCUUCAACUGGAAUUUAGAUCCAACCGAACGAUACACCACUUGGUCAGCUUUUGUUGGAUCUGCAUUUUUACACGUUGCAUUUUACGGCGGUAAUCAGCUUCAGAUACAGAGAUAUUUGACUGUUCAGACUCCAUCUCAAGCUAGAAAAAUGCUUUGGAUAAACACGAUAGGGUGGAGUGUUGUAGUUUUGUUGACUGUUUACGCAGGAUUGCUGAUAUUCACAUUUUAUAUAAACUGUAAUCCAUUUACAUCAGAAAGAAUUACAACAGCAGAUGAAUUAUUCCCACUAUACGUAAUGGAAACAUUCCGGCAAUAUCCUGGCUUUCCAGGAUUAUUUUUAGCUGGUGUUUUUAGUGCAGGACUGAGCACAGUUUCCACAGGAGUCAACUCUUUGGCAGCGAUUUGGAUAAAUGAAUUGAAAAAUGUGUUAUUCACAAAUGAAAUGUGGGAAAAACGAAGUUCACUGAUUGCGAAAAUAUUAUCGUUUUGUUUUGGUGUAUUAUCAUUUUUAUUAGUGUUUUUGGUGCCUUAUAUGGGAGGACUUGCCCCGGUGGCCAUUUCCUUGUCUGGAAUAUUUACUGGAUCUUUAUUCGGCAUAUUUUGCUUAGGAAUGUUUAUUCGUAAAGCAAAUUCUGUGGGAGCCAUGUGUGGCCUUAUGGGAAGUAUAAUAAUUCUUCUAUGGAUGGCAACAGGUUCAGUGAUAUUUUCUUCCCCUUCGAAAGAAUCUUAUCUCAAACUUGAAAUACCUGUAAAUGGCUGCACAGAGUACACAGCUCUUUCUACGCCUACGCCUUUGUCACCAAGUACAGAAACGAUUAUUCCUUCUUCAAAUUUCUCGUCUUUCUAUCGGAUAUCAUUCUUGUGGUAUCCGAUGUUAUCGUGCAUAUUGACUGUAGGUAUCGGAUACAUCGCAAGUAUCAUAGCUGACUGUACAUCUUAUGGUAGCUCCUCAAGAGCGACGAGUGGACAUCGCAGCAACAAUAACAGUAAAACCAAGGACGUCGAUGUGGUUUCAUUAAAAGAUAGCGAAAUGCAUUGCAUUAAACCACUUUUACGAAACGGUUGUGAUAAAAUUUAAUAACAUGACUAAAAUGACACGGUCUCUUAAAUGUGAUACGUUUCUCUCUAUGUGUUUUAAAAUUAAAAUUUGUAAAUAUUUUUGUACAAAA